GCGGGCCGCGGAGGGUCGGGGCGCCUUCCUGGGGGCGCCGCCCAGGUUCGCCGGGCCCGACCUGCUGACGUCAGGAGCGCAGCAGAACAAACCGGCCCCUGGAAUACCGUUUCACAACUUCCGUUGCUGGCACUGUCACCCCCUCGGCAGAGAUGCCCCAACACUCGAUGGGGGACAAGCCCUUCAUCUCGAUGCCGCAGCUGGUCUUCCCCAGCCCACCCUCGGCCGGGGACAGCGGGUGUGGCCGCACCCCCCCCAGCAGGCGGGCGUCCCUCAGCUCGCCCCUGAGCCACAGCACCCUGCCUUCCGCUGCCCAUAGCCCCCUGGACUCCUGCAGCCGGCCGCUGUGCAAGCCGCCAGCCGAGAAGCUUGGGCCCCCGGCGGCCCGUGAGGUGCGCUACGUGUCUGCCGGACCACAGAACCCGGCGUGUGGCUGGUGGGCCUUCACCCCCGAGUGCCUGCAGGCCUUCAACACACCCAGGGGCUUCCUGUUCUUCCUGUGCGUGGCCUCCUUCCUGCAGGGCAUGACAGUGAACGGCUUCAUCAACACUGUCAUCACCUCCAUCGAGCGCCGCUAUGACCUGCUCAGCUACCAGAGCGGCCUCAUCGCCAGCUCCUACGACGUGGCCGCCUGCCUCUGCCUCACCUUCGUCAGCUACUUUGGGGGCAGCGGACACAAGCCCCGCUGGCUGGGCUGGGGUGUGCUGGUCAUGGGCGCCGGCUCACUGGUGUUCGCGCUGCCCCACUUCGCUGUGGGCCCCUACCAGGUGGAGGUGGACGAGGGCGUUGGGACGUGCCGGGCCAACGGCAGCGUGGCGUGCGGGGACAGCACCUCGGGCCUGUCCAGCUACCGGCUGGUCUUCAUGCUGGGCCAGUUCCUGCACGGUGUCGGCGCCACGCCGCUCUACACGCUGGGCGUCACCUACCUGGACGAGAACGUCAAGUCCAGCUACUCGCCCGUCUACAUUGCCAUCUUCUACACCGCGGCCAUACUGGGCCCUGCAGCUGGCUACCUAAUCGGAGGCGCCCUGCUGAACAUUUACACGGAAAUAGGCCGACGGACAGAGCUGACCACCGAGAGCCCACUGUGGGUCGGCGCUUGGUGGGUCGGCUUUCUGGGUGCUGGGGCCGCCGCCUUCCUCGUCGCAGUGCCUAUCCUCGGCUACCCGCGGCAGCUGCCAGGUUCCCAGCGCUACGUGGUCAUGAGAGCGUCUGAAACAUACCAGUUAAAGGACAGUGGCCACAAGGCAGCCAGCAACCCUGACUUCGGGAAAACCAUCCGAGACCUGCCUCUCUCAAUCUGGCUCCUCCUGAAGAACCCCACGUUCAUCCUGCUCUGCCUGGCUGGGGCCACUGAGACCACUCUCAUCGCCGGCAUGUCCACCUUUGGCCCCAAGUUCCUCGAGUCCCAGUUCAGCCUGAGUGCCUCGGAAGCUGCCACCUUGUUUGGGUACCUGGUGGUGCCGGCAGGUGGCGGCGGCACGUUCUUGGGCGGCUUCCUGGUGAACAAGUUCAAGCUCCGCGGCUCAGGUGUCGUCAGGUUCUGCCUGCUCUGCACCCUGACCAGCCUGCUGGCCGCCUCCGUGUUCUCCCUGCACUGCCCCAACGUGCCCAUGGCCGGCGUGACGGCCAGCUACGGCGGCAGCCUCCCGCCCCGAGGCCCCCUGGAGCUGAUGGCCGCCUGCAACGCCGACUGUGGCUGCCGACCGGAACACUACAGCCCCGUGUGUGGCUCCGACGGCCUCAUGUACUACUCGCCCUGCCACGCAGGAUGCCCAGAGGUGACUGUGCCCGGCCCCGGCGGCCAGAAGGUGUACCGAGACUGUAGCUGUGUCUCUCAGAAUUGUUCCUCUGGUUUUGGCCAUGCCACUGCAGGGAAAUGCACUUCAACUUGUCAGAGAAAGCCCCUCCUUCUGGUUUUCAUAUUCGUUGUAAUUAUGUUUACCUUCCUCAGCAGCAUUCCUGCGCUAACCGCCACCUUACGGUGCGUCUGUGACCAGCAGAGAUCCUUUGCGCUGGGAAUCCAGUGGAUUGUGGUUAGAAUUUUAGGCGGCAUCCCGGGGCCCAUCGCCUUCGGCUGGCUGAUCGACAAGGCGUGCCUGCUCUGGCAGGACCAGUGCGGGCAGCAGGGCUCCUGCUACGUGUACCACAAUGCAGCCAUGAGCCGCUACAUGCUCAUUGCCGGGCUGGUGUACAAGGUCCUGGGCUUCCUCUUCUUUGCCGCUGCCUGUGUCCUGUACAAGCCCCCAAAGGGAUCUUCCAACGGCCUGGAAGCUUCUCUGCCCAGCCGGUCCUCGGCCUCCGACAACCCUACAGGCCUCCAGGAUGACCCCUCAGCCCUCCAGCUCCAGAAUAACGUCUGAUGGCCCACAUGCCCGUCCAGGGGCAGGGGCCAGCCACUCGGCACUUCCAGAGACAUUGCCUCAUUUCUCCCCAGAAGGGCUGACCCCCUGCUGAUUGAUCCCCCAGCUCUGAGGACCCUUCCAAAAUCUCCCAUUGGACCCUCGGGGGACUGAGCCGGGAGGUGAGUCUGAGCCUCAAGGGCACCAAGGAGAAAGAAUGUGAGGCACACCUGAAAUGGACGUGCCACCCUCCUGGCCCCAGCCGGCCCUGGCCGGAGGGGAACGGGGUGACUGCUCUCCCGCUGGGAAGCAUGUGGCCCCGCGGCGCCCGAGGCAGCGCUGCCUUCUCUUCCCUCUCCCUGCUCAUUCCACGUUCUCCUGAUGUUUCCCAAUGGACGCAGCCGGAUGGCGUAGACAGGGGCCUCGGGGACCCCGGACACGUUAACGGGGGGCUCUGAAGACAGCCUAUGCCAUCUGUCCGUAACUCCGUCCGUGCUUAUGAAAGUGCAGAAGCACCCUCGGGUUUAGGCAAGACGCUGCCCAUCUCUCUUGUUUCUUUUUUAAACGGAUGUGUGAAGCUGGUGGCUGCCCGGCAGUUUAUAAGUUACUGUUCCCUCCGGGAGAUGCAGAAGCAUCCACCACGACCUUGGAUGCGCCCACAGAACUGGCGCUCGGCUUUCAUUGACAGCGCACGGCGCUGUGGGGUCGCUCGAUGGAAGGUAGAGAGCACUGACCCCACUGUGGGGGCGCCAGCGGGCCAGCUGGUGCUUCUGAACCGUCCACCGCGUCUUGCACCCGGCCUGGCCCUGACCUCCUGGUGAAGGGGGAGCUGGGUGUGAGGCCGUCCCCAGGGGCGCGGUCCUCGUGGAGCUUCUCCUGGGUGUUUUGUUCAAAACCUGCUGUCGCCUCCUGUCCUCAGAGCUGCACGGCCCCACAGGGGUAAGGGAGCAAAGUGCAUAAGCAUGUAUUUAUGGACCUGUAUUUUGCAUAAACACUUAUCUGUAGAGUUUGUUUUUGUCUGAUGGUGUGGUGGGCAUGGCAGCAAACUCAUAGGCACCUGUGUGAAUUCUGCCCGGAAGGUGUCGAGACGUCCAUGGGAUGCGUGUGUGUGGGCACCUCAGCUAAAAUUGUGUGUACGUAAAUAUAUUUUAAUAUUUAAAGCAUA